CUGACCUUAUGAGCACAUUCCCGAGGCUCAAUUUAUUCGUUGGAGUCCAGCUCAGAGUUACAAGAAAUACUUGAUUUUAACUAUGACAGCCACCUUCUAUCUAAUCUUUGCAAAUUUUGAUAUCCUUCUACGGAUCCAUCAAAACUCAGUCAAAAUAAAGAGGAAGGUGUCUCCACAAAAUUCGACUGAGCUACUGCAAUCCUGUCACCAAAAUCUGGGCAUUAAAUUUUUGAUCUUUUGUUUUGUGUGGAGACAAACAAGUCUAAUUUGAACAGUUUACUGAAAAGUCAACAGGUUGGAGAUUAUACAGAGUUGACAAAUAUUACUCCGAUCUAACUGUCAACAUAUAUUGUGCCGGUCCUAAGCUGGGAUUUUUAGCGUUUUCGACUUAAGUUAUCAGCAACCCGCAUUACUAAAAUUUGGAAACAAUCUCAUCUACUGCAAUAGCUUAAAGUGCACGUAAAGCCUUUGAUAUUGUUUAUUAUCUACUUAGCUCCAACCAAAUUUAUAUGGUGCAGAAAAUAAGAGGCUUGCCAUUACCAAUUAUAAGGAGUGCUUGGUUGUUUUUUAUCCGAAAAUGUUUGGGGCUAUUGUGUGCGUGGAAAUUUUCGGAAAACAUAAUUCUACAUCAGGAAACUGCAAGUUCAAAAUAGGUCUCAUGCGAAGCAUGUGGCGAAGCUGCGUGGUUUAAUUCGUCCAUAAUUCGGCGCACUUUAAAACAGGUUGAAAUCCUAUAUUUAUAUUUACAAGUUCAAACUUUCUCUCCUUUAAAACAAUCAAGAGCUAUUAACUAUUAAGAUUACACGGUCAUUUUUCCAACUACUUACAUUCCUUAUCUUGCUGUUAUAGUGCCCGUUUGAAAACCUAAAGGAUAUCCAAUAGUUCGUUUUAUUCAGUUCAUUUGAAAAUCGUAAGCUGAGUUCCAAAAUGAAAAUUACUACUUCAACAUUGUUAGCCAUAAGUGCCACGCUAAUAAAAUCAGCUCAUGCUGCUCCAGCACCAAAAGCUGGAGAUGUUGCCAACACAGAAGAUUGCACCACGACUGCUAAAAGCUACCAUGCUCAUCAUCAGCACAAACGAGCUGUUGCCUAUGAUUAUGUUUACGUUACUGUCACUGUUGACUCGGCUGGGAACACCGUGUCUCCAACAGUUGAAGCAUCGCUUGAAAGCAAAGAUAUUGACCCAGCAACAUCUGCCUCAUCUUCGAGCUCUUCAUCAUCCUAUUCCUCAACCACUGAUGGCUCUGUCAGCACCAGCUCGUCUUCUACCUCGAGCACCAGCUCGUCUUCAAGUACUUCGAGCUCCUCUUCCGGAUCCUCUAGUGGCAUAAGUGGCGAUCUAUCUGCCUUCUCAGAUCCAACUGAAAAAUUUGAGGAUGGAACUAUCUCUUGCUCUAGUUUCCCAUCUGGUCAAGGUGUGAUCGCAUUGGACUGGCUUGGAUUUGGUGGAUGGUCUGGUAUUUAUCAUCCAUCUGACACUUCCACAGGUGGUUCAUGUACUGAAGGCUCCUACUGCUCGUAUGCAUGCCAACCAGGUAUGUCUAAAACCCAGUGGCCUUCUGAUCAACCAUCUGACGGAAAAUCUGUUGGUGGUCUUCAAUGUAAGGAAGGUAAACUUUACAGAAGCAAUCAAAAUUCAGAUUACCUAUGUGAAUGGGGUGAAGACUCUGCUAGAGUUGUUUCCAAACUUGACGAGUCUGUUGCUAUUUGCAGAACUGAUUAUCCGGGAACUGAAAACAUGGUGAUUCCAACUGUGGUCGAAGCAGGCGGCGAGAACAUUUUGACAGUGGUUGACCAAGAUACAUACUAUCAAUGGCAGGGCAAAAAGACGUCUGCUCAAUACUAUGUUAACAAUGCUGGUGUGUCAUACGAAGACGGUUGUAUCUGGAGCGAAGCUGGAACCACUGUCGGAAACUGGGCACCUUUGAACUUUGGUGCAGGAUACACAAAUGGUAUAUCUUACUUGUCACUGAUUCCUAAUCCGAACAACCUCGAGGCUGCCAAUUUCAACGUGGAGAUUGUUGCUUAUGAUGACGACAGUGUGGUUACCGGAGAAUGCUAUUAUGAGAAUGGCUCCUAUAAUGGAGAUGGAAGUGACGGAUGCACAGUUUCCGUUACCAAGGGUAAAGCCAAGUUUGUCCUUUACAACUAAACUUGAUUGCCCUUGUCUUCAAUUCUUGAAACAUUUCGCUUAGCCGUUUUGUUGAAUAGCAAGGCGCUUGAAUUUCAAAUUUCCUCAGAUGUGUGUUUACGUUUCUUAGAACAUUAAAAUUGUAAUAUUGAAAUAUAUUGUGUGUGU